GUUUAGCAUUUAGCAACGUGCAUUGCAGCUCACACUUGCUAGCUGUUUAGGGGCCUGAUAAGUUAUCCAAGGUAGCUUCUGAGCAACCGUUUGGGGCCCAUUUGUGAAUACUUAUUUUUAUUUACAUUAAAUCGGAAUUUAGGACAUGGCUGAAUGCGACUGGGAUACAGUUACUGUCCUAAGAAAGAAAGGUUCGGCGGCACAGUCGAAAUCCAAACAGGCUGUGACUGCUGCUCAAAGGAAGGGGGAAGACAUAGAAACGUCGAAGAAAUGGUCCGCAGGACAGAACAAGCAGCACCUGGUGACCAAGAACACGGCGAAGCUGGACCGAGAAACGGAGGAGCUGCACCACGACAGAGUUCCGCUGGAGGUGGGCAAGGUCAUCCAGCUGGGUCGCCAGAACCGAGGCCUCACGCAGAAGGACCUCGCCACGAAAAUCAAUGAGAAGCCUCAGAUAAUCGCAGACUACGAGGCAGGAAAGGCCAUCCCAAAUAAUCAGAUCAUGGGCAAAAUUGAGCGUGCUAUUGGUCUAAAGUUGCGUGGGAGGGAGAUUGGACAGCCAAUGGAGCCAGGGCCCAAGAAGAAAUAAGAAUAAAAUCCUCGAAAAACAUUCUUCACUUUCGCCUUUAUUUUCAUCUGGAAAAGUCCUGACCGAAGACGAGGUGACAGAGGAUCAGGCAUCCAAGCUAACAGUCAAGAGCGGAUAGGCUAAGGCUUUGAAUACACUGCAUCGUCAAAAUCACACGCACAGCGACGUCCCUCUCUCAUUCUGUGCAUCUAAGUUAAUUCACCAUGGAUGAGAAGAACCUUUAGAUAAAUCAACACAGAUAACAUUUCUGAAGGUAAUGAUCAACUAUUGCUCAUUCAUGUUAUGCGUUGGACUUUGGUGAAAGUCAUGGAAUGUCUUUUAACAUAAUAAACACAGCGUUUUGAUUA